AUGCCUCGCUCAAUGUUCUGGGUGUUCCUCGGCCUACUGCUCCAUAUACAAAUUGCUGACGGGAUCUCGGCAAAAUAUCAGCAGCAGAGUAGCUCAUCGGAAGAAGAAGACAGCAACUGGCAGUGUGGGACGGAUUUUAUUACAAAGGCGAUGAGCGAGGGGCAGGUGGAGACGGAUUGUCCCACACUUAAAGUCCCAAUCAACAAUUGCUGCCUGGCCCACGAUAACUGCUACGAUCAGCAACUUGGACGAAAGUACUGUGACGACAUUUUCUGCCGUUGUCUAUUGGUGGCCACUGAACCUGCCGAGAUCUGUUUUAAAGAGGACGCGCCGCUGUUCUGCAGUUUGGUUCGACAAUUCGGGGAGGCCGCUUAUAAUGCUUCCGGUCCCCUCGCUAGAGCCACACCUCCACCCCUUGUCGCCACUACCCCGGAGACUCGAGGCCCAAACUCGUCCCUAUCGACACAAGCGUUGAAGCUGCUCAACCUGUUCAGCCUGUUCAGCCGGCACAACCUGUUCGCCCUGUUCAGCCCAUUCACCCUGUUCACCCGGCCGGACCCAGGCCUCGCUCUCAAAGGUUCACCCCAGCCAACUAGCCAAGGCUCGUCGCUCCACAGCUCCAUUCGUAAAGGCUCGAUUAUCGAAAAAAUGCCGGAAUCUCACUUUUUGCGUGACAAUAUGCUAGUUGCGGUUUUUGUGGCUCUAUUGCUUAUCGGACCGGCCUAUUCAGUACGGGACUGGUGGCAAUGCGGAAGCAACGACGCCAACAGGCUAGCCGCUUACGAGUCCAUCGACGGCGCCUGUUCGGUGCUGGCUGAGGUUGUCAACAACUGCUGCCUCGCCCACGAUCAUUGCUAUUCGAGACAGUUAGGGCAGGAAUAUUGCGACGAUAUGUUUUGUGACUGUCAUUUGAUUGCCACAAAAGGCUGGGUUAUCUGUCAUACAGUAGUCGUCCCGGGCUUCUGCUCCCUGGUCCGGAAUUUUGGCGAUGCCGCGUACAAAGCAUCAGCUACUCCCGGGCCAAAGGCACUACUGCCACCCGGAGAUGCGCAACAUCAAGGAGACUCCACUCAUUCC